AGAUGUCUGCUGAAACAGCUGGAGAGAGGAGAGGUGUCUCUGGUGGACCUCAAGAAGAACCUGGAGUAUGCUGCCACUGUUCUGGAGUCAGUUUAUAUAGAGAAGACCAGGAGAUUGGUGGAUACAGAGGAAGAGCUCAGCGAUAUCCAAUCAGAGUAUGUGCCUUCAGAGGUGCGUGAUUGGUUGGCCUCUACAUUCACCCGUCAGAUGGGUUUGAUGCUGCCGCAGACCGAGGAGAAACCACGCUUCAGGAGCAUCGUACACGCUGUGCAGGCUGGUAUCUUCGUAGAGAGGAUGUACAGACGUACCUCUAGCAUGGUGGGAGUGGGCUCUCCUGCUACAGUUGUAGCAGUACUGAAGCACGUUGAUAAGUGGUCGUUUGAUGUGUUUGCUCUGAACGAGGCCAGUGGAGACCACGCCCUCAAGUUCAUCUUCUUUGAACUACUGACCAGAUACGACCUCAUCAGCAGAUUCAAGAUCCCGGUCUCAGCGGUGUUCUCGUUCGUAGAAGCUCUGGAGGUGGGCUACGGUAAACACAACAACCCCUACCAUAACCUGAUGCAUGCUGCUGACGUCAUACAGACAAUACACUACCUACUGCUGAAGACUGGCAUCGUGCAUUGGUUGACAGAGCUAGAGAUCUUUGCGAUGAUCUUUGCAGCAGCGGUUCACGACUACGAACACACUGGAACCACCAACAAUUUCCACAUCCAGACCAGAUCAGACACAGCGAUCCUGUACAACGACCAGUCUGUCCUCGAGAGCCACCAUGUCAGCGCAGCAUACCGCCUCCUACAGGACGAUGAUGAGAUCAACAUACUAUACAACCUGUCUAAAGACGACUGGAGAGAGCUGAGGGGCCUGGUGGUACAGAUGGUUCUGGCUACAGACAUGUCCUGCCACUUCCAGCAGCUGAAACAUAUGAAGAACUUUCUCCAGCAACCGGAGGGGAUUGAUAAACCCAAAGCCAUGUCUUUGCUGCUCCAUACAGCUGAUAUCAGCCACCCAGCUAAGACAUGGGACCUGCACCAACGCUGGACAGCAUCUCUUCUGGAGGAGUUCUUCAGACAGGGCGAUAAGGAGGCGGAGCUAGGACUGCCCUUCUCUCCUCUGUGUGACCGCAAGUCAACCAUGGUGGCCCAGUCCCAGAUAGGGUUUAUAGACUUCAUUGUGGUUCCAACCUUCACCGUGUUGACAGAAAUGACGGAGAAGAUUGUCAUUCCGCUCAUCAACGAGGCGUCACUCAGCCUGGCAGGGUUCAGACGCUCCAGGUACCACAAUUCCUGCUUCUACUUCCGGGUACCGGCUUCUACUUCCUGUUUCUCCUGUAGGAAAAGAGCGCAUCGCCAACACAGUGUAUCUUCUGGACCUAUCAGUGUGUGGCAGUGGGUCCAGGAGAUGAUGCAGUCAUCCGGCUCCAAGGACUGUGAGAAAGUCUAA